GUUAGUGCUAUACCUCUCUCUCUAUAUCUAUAUCUAUUCUAUAUCUAUAUGUUAUUAUUUCCCCCUCUGAAUUUGAUCUUCUUUUUCGUGUCAUAGUGCGGUGCGUGAUAUUUCUCUUGUGGGGGGCGUCUGAGUCAUUGCUCUCUCUCUCCCUCUCUCGUACCUAUCUCAAUGUAAUCUCUCUCUUUCUCUCUCUCUCUCUCUCUAUAUAUAUAUAUCAGCGCUCAACCUGUCAUCCACGUGGCUGGCCUUGUACGUAAGAGGUGACGAACAGGUGGGGCUUUCCUUCCUUCCUUCUUUUUCUUUUUCUUGUUUUGUCUUUUUCCGCCUUUGCGCUCUGAUUUCCAGUGUGACAAUAUAUAUAUACGCGCGCACGCAGAGACGGACAUAGCGAAGAUGGCGUCUUUGUCCGCAAUGGGUCUGCGCCAUCGGUGCGGAAGGACUGACCCUGCGCUGAUGGGGGUGCGCAAUCGUGGGGACAAGGUCGAUGACGAUGACAAGUGGCAGGCGAACGUUCUGGACAAGGGGAAUGGAAAGCAGCAGCAACAGGAGCAGGAGGAGGAGGUAAACGAGGAGGGGGAGGAGGUGGUGUUUUCAAAGCCGCCGAGAAGUCGUUAUACGUCUGUGAGAAUUGUCCCUUCCGAUCAGGUUGGCGUUUUCUUAGUGGUCGUCUUGCAGCUUUUCUCGGUCCUAAUUAACCAUGGUAACCACCAACAUGGCCAAUUGACAUUUGAUCUACCGGUCGCUGGUUCGAUCUCCAUCUCCGCGGACGUGCUCGGGUUAGCCAUUGCUGGAGUCUGGUAUGCAUUGACAAUCACCUUCGAGGCGUCGGUCUGGUACUUGUCUUGUCGGCUGGUCAUUAUGUGCAUCGGUCACUGGACGUUGGCCACUGUGAAUGCGCUGCAGGUUCAUUGCUACCCUGCAGAAGCGUGGGCAAACACGAUCUUGAGAUGUAUAUGUCCGUCCUUUCUUUGUGGUCUUGCUUACACCAAGUCCAUGGGAGCGCUGCUUGUACGUCUCGUUGGAUAUCUCCUCGCCUUCAUCAGUGUGCUAGCUAUGGCAAGAAAUCAGAUAGCCUUAGUGACGAACGGGCCAGUCCAUGUGGCGUUCGUCUUCGCGGCUGGAGUAAUCUCCUUCCGCUGGCAGGCCGAGGCUUGGGGGUUGGUACAACAACAACAACAACAACAACAACAACAACAACAACAACAACAACAACAACAACAACAUGAACAUGUGAAGUCUCCGUGUGGGACGUCUUACACGGCUUCCUCCUCUGCUUCCUCCUCCUCCUCUCCCUCCUCCGCGUCGUUGGUAUCGUCUUGGGGAGAAGCAGGGGGGGGAAGAUAUGCAAACGGCAAAGCCAUAGGGGAGUGCUUGCCGCGGAGGCGGGGGGGGGGAAGCAUUCCCACUACCCCCCUUAAGGGGAACCAACCACGGGACAACUUGCUGGCCUUUCCUAUUGCAGGCGCGGGUAAGAGGACGUCGAUCGGUGGGAUGGGAAUGGGAGUGGGAGGGCCUUCGCUCUCGGGUUUUACUUCUCCCCCUGUUGCUGGUGCUGCGGCUGCUGUUCCUCUUUGCUUCUCUCCCUCUCCUCCCUCCUCUCGAAUGUACAAUACUUCAGUUGUCGGAUUAGAAUAUAUCGAUCGGAGCGGAGGACGGGGAGCAGGGGGAGGUGGUGGAGGAGGAGGAGGAGGAGGAGGAGGAGGAGGGAGAGUAAUUACGGGACCAGGAAAAGUAACAGCAGGAGGGGGGGGAGGGGGAGGGGGAGGGGGAGAGGGAGGAGUCUCCGCGGGAGGUAUUGUUGAUGACUUGGCGUUUUCGUCGUCGUUCUCUGAUGAUGUGCAGACAACGACAUCGGGAUCUCGACCGCCUGUUGCGCUACAUAAGGACAGAAGUCACAGUGCGAAGGCUACGGCGAUGGCUAUGGAGGGUGGCGGAUUGCAACGAGGGGUAGCAGCAGCGAAUGCGUGUCGGCGGUGUCUUUGUGACGACGAAAAAAUUGACUCGUCUUCCACCACCUCCUCCUCCUUCCCCCCCUCCUCCGUUCUCUCUUCCUGCUGUAAACUCCCGCAGUUGGCAGCAGGGGGGCAGAAGUCAGUGGCGGAGGCGGGGGCGAGCGCCGGUGAAGUUCCCGAGAAGCGCGCAGAAGCCACAGCAGGAGCGAGCGCCGCGCGAGCCUCUUCUUCCGACUCGUCUUCUGCGCGCCAAGACGAGGGGAGAGACGGCGGCGGCGGUGGCGGGGGCGGGGGUGGUGGUCUUCCGCGAGAUAAGUGCGUCGGGACGAACGAUGUAGAGAAGGACGGCGAGAGAGCACAGGGGGAGGAGGAGGAUGAUGAGGAGGGAGAGAGGGAGGAGGCGGUUAGGGAAGGGAAGGCGAGGGAGAAGAGCGGACUGAAAACCGGCAUACGAAGCGGUGGUGAGGAAGGUGCGCGGUCCGGAUCGGGACCGGAGAUCGGCGGCCGGUCGGAGCCGGCGGGAGCAUGCCGCAGGACGUGGCGCGAAUGGCGAAGAGAGCGCGGCUUCUAUCCCAACGCAGAGGGAUGUCGACGCCGUCCGCGAGGCUGCCGCGAGCGGGUUUGGCGGGGACAGGGAGGCGGGAGGGGCGGCGGGUGGAGGGAUGGAGGUGAGGGAGCGGCAGCGCAGGCGGAGGGAAGUUGCGGAAGUGGAAGCGGGUGGCCAUGGUGGGAAUGGCUCGCGCAGCUGCCUGCGGAAGCGCACGAGGUGCUGUGUCGCGCAAACGCACAGAGGAGAACGGUGGUAGAGACGGUGCGCGAGAUCGGCUUCUCCGCUGCCAUGCGCAAGUUCGGUUGCCCACAAAACCUAAUGGAGGCUAAGUUCCAGCUUGUGAGGGUGAUGAUGAAAGCGGACUCGACGGAAGAGGAGGUGGUCAGGGCCAUCGAGAGCUGCAGGGACGCGAGGCUUCUGAUGGGUCUCAUCAUUCUGGGAACCUCGCGGCAUGACCCCUUGGAAGCACCCAAGAGGUGGCGCUGGGUCUCUCAAUUAGGUUUGAUCUGCUGUCCCAACGAGCACCUGCCGUCCUUUCUCCGACCGUCGGGAUCGGGACCGGGGGACUGGGUGGGCGGGAGCCGGGAGGAGCUCCGCAGAGAGUUCGCGGGUAACGUCGGCAGGCUGAGUGCCUGCGAGGCCUGGCUGAGGGAAAUGCCCAAGGGGGUGAAGUUUGUCAGCGAGGCCGUUCCGCUCAUCCAGCCGCCGUUGGGAGCGGUGCAGAAGGAAGCGAUUAUGGCCUUCGCCAAAGACGUUGAUCUCCUCGACGAGAGGACAGAGCAUACGUUGAAGGCGCUCUGCAGGACGGCCCUGGAACCGUUCAGCCAUGGCUGCAAGGAACCCUAUCGCAGCUCGUGCAGCGAGGCUCUGGAGAAAUUGGGCCAGUCUGUGGAGGAGGAAAUGUGGAAAACGGUGAAAUUGCACUUGCUGCUCUUUGAGCGAUGCCGGAGCAUUAUGGCAGCGAAGCAGUUGGCUUGUUUCAUGAUUGUAUUGGAUGGGUGGUGCAUCCGCCUGCGGGAAAUUGCGGAGGCAUGGCAGGCCUGCGCUGGAGAAGGCCGGCGGCAAACGGAUAAGGAUGGAGGGGGGGAAGGAGGGGGAGGGGGAGGUGGAGGAGGAGUAGUGGAUGUGGGAAAGGAGGGGGGGACAAGUAACCCGUACCACCCGGAGUGCGGCCCUUGUAGUUCUUCUACCGCUGACGUCACUAGCUCGUCUGCCGCCGCUUUAGACACUCCCCUCAUUGGUAGUGCUUCAGGGUCUGACGAUAUUGUCGGUGGUGUGCUUGGGCCUCUUCAUCAUCGUGAACAGAGUAUCCUCAUUGAUAGUGUUUCGGGGUCUGAGGAUAUUGUCGGUGGUGUGCUAGAGCCUCUUCGUCAUCGUGAACAGAGUAUUGUGGGUGCUGUACUAGCAGCUCUUCCUCGUCCUGAACUGGGUAGUGUAGGGGUUGCUGUGGUGAUCUGUUCUACAAGUCAAUUGAUCAGACAGCCGGUGAGGAGGAGGAGAGGAGGAGGAGGAGGAGGAGGAGUAGGUGUAAGGCGCCAACCCGAUCUGCCGGUGAACGAGUCCGCAUCGAGGGAACAAUUAGAUGGUUAUAUGGUCUGUGGGGCUUGAGUACCUCAGGCCGGACAUGCGGUGGCUCAGUGCCAAUUCUAGGUGUUCUUUGAUUUGUCUUGAUGUGGGUGGAAGGAGCCAGACACUGCAAGGCACGUGAACUGGGACCUUGAUGCUGGUGGACAGAUCAGCCUCAAGAGGACUCAGGGCCAAGCGAGGGGCAUUGUCCUCUGGGUUUCUCUUCAUCCGUCUGUCUGCUGCUCUCUGUGUUUCAAGGUGUGGCAGCUUAGUGCCAAUUCUAGGCGUUCUUCGGUUUGUCCUGAUGUGGGUGGAAUACCGUGUUGAGAUAGGAAAUAUUAUGGAACUGGCUUAGUUCUGUUUGAGAGUGAGGGCAUCUACUCACACUUCCUACAUGUAUGUGAUUGCAUUUACGGCCAGAGCUGGACGGAUCUUACCACAACCGCGUUCGGAGCUAAGUAGAAAGAAGUCUUGAGUCUGAGUUCACCCUGGGAUGAAGGGGAUGAUGGUGAUCAUGAUGACACCGCGUGCUUUCGUGCGUCACCGGAGAACAGGGUGCUCUCCACUGGUCCUCUGGAGGUCACAGGUUCAAAUCCUGAGUAGGAUUUUGAAUUCUUUGGGGAGUUGCUGAGUGGUUGAAUGAGACCGCAGGCAAGAGAGCAGUAUUUACUGUAUAACACCACAUGAAAGUUGUGCCUCUGUGCAAAAGUGCUUCAGGCAGUGUUGAUCUGGUCCUGCACACUGCUGUAUUUGCUGCUGUCAGAGAUCUUCUUGCGUCUCUGGGCUAAAGUACUUCAGAGAGCUUGAUCUUCUCCUCGGCGUUGCCAGAUAGAUCUUCUAGUGGCUCUGUGCAGAGUGGGCAAGUCGGCAAGAGGAAGCGUAAAGUUAUUGAUGUGUUCCUCGACGGUGCUAGAUUUGUUGCUGUCAGAUCUUCUAGUGCCUCUCUACUCCUCGGCGUUGCAGGAUAGAGCUUCUUGUGGCUCAGCGCUGAAGUGUGGCAGGGAGCGUUGAGCUAUCCCUCGAUAACCGUUCGCGGAAUUGCUCAAUCCAUAUCUUCUUUUCUCCUCUGUAUUGGACCGCUGAUCUGUUCCUCCUGCUGUCCGAUCUUCUUGUGCCUCUGCGGUGAAGUACUUCAGAGAGCUUGAUCUGCUCUUUGGCGCUGCAGGAUAGAGCUUCUUGUGGCUCUGUGCGGAAGCGUGGCAGGGAGCGUUGAGCUAUUCCUCGACAACGAACACUCCCAGAUUUGCUGCAUACAUAUCUUCAUUUCUCCUCUUAGGUACGCCACCUUCUGGAUGCCUUUCUAAAUAUAGCAAUGGAGACAGAAGCGGAGUCUCUGGUGGCCAGAACUUCAAUCCAUGUUGGGGAGGGAACACACUCUUGCUAUGUGCUGGUUCAUCUCUGAGCGCUAUAUGACUUGUCCUUUCUGAGCUUAGACGGCGUUGCUCACUGCCAUAGCAGUGUGUGCAAGCACAGCUCGUUCUUUCUCAUCUUAGACGGAGGUGCUGCUCUUCUCAGGUGCUGGUAUAGCGCAUGCGGCGGGUUGCCCCCCAUCCUGUCUUUUGGGAUAAGGGGGUGGGGGCAGCCUCUACCCCAAAGUUGCGUUGACCUAGGGGUGGUUUUUUCUGAGCACAGGGAUCUCUGUGUGUUCAGUUUUCAGCCACGUUUGGCUAUGGUUCGAGGUGGUCCGCUGCGGUGAUGUCAUUUUGUGACGAUUCGUUUAUUUUCUUUCUGCAGGGUUGUUGCUGUGGGUGAACUAUGUUUUCUCCGAUUUGUCUUUGUGAGAAUGUGUGCCUAGCGUUUGGUGACGGUGAGGCAGUUGCUGAGGGUAAUCCUGGAAAGCUCGCAUCAUUUCCUUUGUGAGGUUAACUGCGGGAACUGUGCGCAGUUGUCGAGGGUAACUGCGGGAAGUGUGCGCAGUUGCUGAGGGUAAUCCUGGAAAGCUCGCAUCGUUUCCUUUGUAAGGGUAACUGCGGGAAGUGUGAGCAGUUGUCGAGGGUAAUCCUGGAAAGCUCGCAUCAUUUCCUUUGUGAGGUUAACUGCGGGAACUGUGCGCAGUUGUCGAGGGUAACUGCGGGAAGUGUGCGCAGUUGCUGAGGGUAAUCCUGGAAAGCUCGCAUCGUUUCCUUUGUAAGGGUAACUGCGGGAAGUGUGCGCAGUUCGCGUUGUAAGGGGAAAGUUAGCACUCUUAGGUACUGUGACUGCAUCGAAGUCCUGAAAUGAAGUGGGGAGGGGGGGGGGGGCGCGGGAAUGUCAUAAGAAUGAAUGACAUAUAGUAUAGUAAAGGGCAUUGUCCUUGUGUAUGUGUGUGUGUGUUGAGGGGAGAGUGGAGGAUGGGCGGUGGUGAGGGGAGAGGGGGGAAGGGCGGCUUUUGACAGAGCUUGGCCUUGAAGGGAGGGUGGGAGGAUCAAUGGUUCAUGCUUGGCCAGUUGGAUGGUGGCAAGGUUACGCAGCAGGGAGGAGAGAGCAGGGAUUCUCACCCAGCAAAUGGUGGGCGAACUGCAAUUGGGGCGGGGACGGGUUGGCGGUACUAGUGAGGGCCACUGCAAAUAAUGCUGAUGGAAGCUGCUGUGGUGUAUAGAGGCUUUUUGAAUUGGGGGGAGAGAACGUGCAUAGACUCGUUCAUGAGCAUCGACGUGGAUGUCAUCGACUUCUCGCUCAAGAUUAGAAGCAGGUGACACCAUGACGUGUUUGUGUAUGGAAAUUCCUCCUGCUCUGCGAGGAAAGAUGGGGCCUGAGGUUAACCGGACCAGGAGCAGCAGACGCGAAUGCUUCGAAGCAGGGUGUGGGGUUUCAAAUAGGGGUUGGGGAGGGGGGGGGAUUCACAUAAGGGUUGAGUGGCGGGCACUAAGGCAAUGGGUACGCUGUGUCAGGAACUUGGUGUGCAUGGGUGGAGGCAGCGAGGAGUCCCUUGAAUCAGACCCUCCCUUGCGUUGCACAACGGCAAUGCUGUGGAUUUCAAGGAGAGACGGUGAAUGUAGUUGGAAGUUGGCACUGUGAGAACAUGGCCCGUUUCCAUAGUUCCGACGGCGAUGUGUGGGAAUGGGACAUGCAUGCUCUGGGUAAAUUGGACUGGUUGUGUAUCGUGCGGGAGGGUGGAGAGAAUGGGACGUCAUUGCCGGAUUUCAGACUGCUGCGUAACCGAUCAUCAACGACAUUUAGGUAUGGGAGGGAGAAGGUGGACGUAUUUCGGUGAAUGACUACUUGAGAAAAAAAAGGUUUGGUGUUUCGCUUGGGAAGUCUGCAGUGGAUGUGUUCCCGAGGAUGACGAUCAACUAGUAGAACGAGCGUUGAAGAGUUGGUGUGUAAAUCGCGGGGGGAACGCCCAACGAUUGUGGAUGAUCGAGUUUUAUUCAUCCACAUA